AGGGACGCCGUGGUUGCUGCCGUGUUGUGUAAGUGUGGCUCCACCUCUUGUCCUGACGUCACCCCGGACUGUGUAGGGAUGGUGUGCGGCGACUUGGCUUCAUUCAGCGGGCAGAGCGUGGCCUGCUCGUUGCAUUGAAGGAGGAGGGGGUGUUAUCGCCGCGGGUCCCGGCUGCUCCAUGGAGCUGCGAAGCGCUGGGCUGGCAAUGGAGGCGAGGGACGGGGUGGCCGCCCUUCCCGGCGAGGGGGAGGACUACGAGAGCCUGCCGCCAGGAGUCUCCCCGCUCACCCACAUGACGGCCGGGGCCGUGGCUGGUAUCCUGGAGCACACAGUCAUGUAUCCGGUGGACUCUGUCAAGACCAGAAUGCAGAGUUUGCAGCCAGACCCCAAGGCUCAGUACAAAGGCAUCAUAGAGGCUCUGAAGAGGAUGGUGCGGACAGAGGGCCUAUUCACCCCAUUGAGGGGGAUUAAUGUGACCAUGCUCGGCGCUGGACCAGCACAUGCACUCUAUUUUGCGUGCUAUGAGAAGAUGAAAACCACUGUAGGAUCCAUGAUUAACCACGCCGGCAACAGUCACUUGGCUAAUGGGGUGGCAGGAAGUCUGGCAACCGUGCUGCAUGAUGCCAUCAUGAACCCAGCUGAAGUGGUCAAGCAACGAAUGCAAAUGUACAACUCACCCUACAGUGGCAUGCUACAUUGCAUUCGCACUAUAAGCAAGACGGAAGGAAUCGGCGCUUUCUACCGGAGCUACACCACCCAGCUGUUCAUGAACAUCCCUUUUCAAGCCAUUCACUUCAUCACCUAUGAGUUCACACAGGAGCAGCUGAACCCGCAGCGCCAGUAUCAUCCAGGCUCACAUAUCAUCUCAGGUGCCAUUGCUGGAGCAGUAGCGGCCGCUGCCACCACGCCACUGGAUGUGUGCAAAACCUUACUGAACACUCAAGAAAACACCGCCCUAAGUUCUGCAAAGAUCAGCGGACACCUGUCUGGUAUGGCCAAUACCAUAAGGACGGUAUACCAAAUUGGAGGCCUGGGAGGCUACUUCAAGGGAGUGCAGGCCAGGGUCGUUUAUCAGAUGCCUUCUACAGCCAUUGCCUGGUCUGUAUAUGAAUUCUUCAAGUACUUUCUUUCCAAUCGUUGAGCGUGUACAGGCUGCCAAAUCUUGCAGCAGUGGCACCUUUCUCUUUGGAGAGCCUUUUCUCCUAGGGUUACUCAGAACAAUAAUAUGGCACCUUGUGAACCCUCAUGAGAAAUCUGCCAUGUGUGGAACCUCACCAAAGACCUGAAGCUACAUGGAAAUCAUAACUUAUUUUUAAUCCGAAAAUUCCAUUCAUAUUUAAAUUCAGUUUUGGAAAAACUUGUUGCCACACGGAAAGCAACUUUCCCAAUUGCAUCUAACUGGAGACCAUUUCUAUUUACCUUUUUAGUAUUUAAAGUGUUAUUUCACUUUUACACAGAAUUUAAUCACUUUGUAAUGGCAUUCCUCUACGCGGGCUGUGGGAGAAAAAGUAAAUGCUUUACUUGUGUUUUUUUUCCACAGUCAUGAAGGUUUGGUUUUAAAGUGUGAUGGCCAAAGCAGGUAUUGUACAAGCAACUUGUACAAUGGGGGGAGGGACACAGAAUGAUGUUAAGCUCAUUUAGUUUUCUAGAAAGAACUCAUCUCGGCAGCAAAUAGGCAAGUUUGCUAAUGACAUUCCUGGUUGUACAUGAAACUACGUUGGAGUUAUGCACAAAUCUGUAUAAAAGGAAAGAAUUAAAAA